AUGACGGUCACGUUGGAGUCGGGUGACUGCCGAAGUCUUCAAGACGUCGUCUCGAAGCUCCGGGCUCAAGGCAUCAGUCGUUUCAUCGACCUCCCACAAAUCAUCGUCUGUGGUGAUCAGUCGUCAGGCAAAAGCUCCGUUCUAGAGGCCAUCUCGGGCAUGUCGUUCCCUGCCAAGGAUAAUCUUUGCACUCGCUUCGCCACCGAGGUCGUUCUUCGCAAGUGUGACACCAUCGGAACCAAGAUCACCAUUAUCCCAGGCUCAAACCGCUCCGAUGACGAAAAGAAGCAGCUCGCCGACUUCACAUGCAGCACUGAAGGUCUUGACAUUGGCCGGGUGGUCGACGCCGCCAAAGUGGCCAUGGGCUUGGCCGACGGCGGCAAAGUCUUCAGCACAGAUGUGCUUCGGGUCGAGAUCUCGGGCCCCGACCAGCCGCACCUCACCAUGGUUGACCUCCCUGGUCUCUUCGUCGCGGGUAACAAAGAUCAGUCUACCCAGGAUGCCGAGGUCGUCGACGCGCUCGUCAUGUCUUACAUGGAAAACCCUCGUACCAUAAUCCUUGCCUGCGUCUCGGCCAAAAGCGACUUUGCUUUGCAGCAAGUUACCCAACGGGCCCGUGCCGUCGAUCCCAAGGGCCUUCGUACACUGGGGCUCAUCACCAAGCCCGACACGCUCGAUGCCGGCUCGGAUAGCGAGGGGUCGUAUUUAGCCCUUGCCGAGAACAAAGACGUCAAGUUCCGGCUUGGUUGGCACGUCGUGCGCAACCGAGAUUACAAGCAGCGCAACAUAUCCACGGCGGAGCGUGACCAGAUGGAGGCCAGCUUCUUUUCUCGCGGCAUCUGGGCUGCUUUGCCGCCAUCCCAGGUUGGAAUCGCCGCGCUACGGGCGCGAUUGAUCAAAGUCUUGACAGACCAUCUCAUGAAGCAUCUUCCUGUCGUGCUCGACGACAUCGAGAAGGGCAUUGUUGACUGCGAACGUAUCAUCGCCAAUUUGGGCCUGACGCGCCAAACCACAGCCGAGCAGCGUCGCUAUCUUCUCCAUGCGAGUAACAACUACUGUGCCUUGAUCAGGGCCGCAGUAGAUGGCAUGUAUGGUGAUAUGUUCUUCGCCAUCACCGACAACGAAGAUUACACGCCGAGGCGGCUUCGUGCUGCAGUCCAGAACAGUCUGUCCAAGUUCGCCGAAGACAUGCGUCUCAGAGGCCACUAUUCUUUCAUCGCGGAAGAGGACGAUAAAGAGAACAACGUAUACCCGAAACAAAUACGUCGCGAUGAGUACCUUAAACAAGUCAAGGACUUGAUGCAGAGGAGCCGAGGCCGAGAGCUCCCGGGUACAUUUAACCCCCUGAUCAUCUCUGAACUGUUUAUCAAGCAGUGCAAGCCUUGGAAGGGUCUUAUCGAUGCCUUGGUUAAGAGCAUCCUAGACGACGCCAACACGACCGUUCAAGCCGCAAUCACUCAUGUGACAGAUCCGCAGACCGCCGAUGCCCUCCUGAGGACAGUCGUGGCCCCAGGGAUCGCCGUCCUGGGUAGCGCAUUAGCCGAAAAGGUAACCGAGAUCUUACAAUCAUGCAUAUCUGCGCAUCCUAUCACAUACAACAACUACCUUAUCGAGACUGUGCAGAGGAUGCAACGAGCCCGCUCCCAGAGGGUGAUUGAAACCUGCCUGGAGACGCACUUCAAUCACGUCAGUUUCGGAAAGAACGUUUUCAAAGAGACUCUCUCUCUCGGCAGCCUCGCCAAGCAGCUCUUGUCGUCGACAGAGCCCGACAUGGAACACUUUGCUGGCUCCCUGGCAACUGAUAUGAUGCAGGCUUAUUACACAGUUGCCUUGAAGAGAAUUGUGGACGAUGUCAGUGUGCUGGCAAUCGAGAGCUGCCUACUCAGCAAACUUGAGGGCCUACUCUCCCUCGAUAUCAUUUGCGACCUCGACGACUACAUGGUCCGCCACAUCGCUGGCGAAAGCGACGAGGUGACUAUGGAGCGGGCCAGAGCCGCCGAGAAGCUCCAUGUCCUUGAGGCGGGCGCGGCCGAGCUCAAGGCUCUCCAGAGAAAGCCUAUGAGUUCCACUUAG